AUGGCUUGUUUUGAAGAAUUACCUGAUGUGGUUCUUUAUGCCAUCUUGGCGCAUCUAGAGCUCCGACGAGAUUUAGCAACCUGCUGCUUAGUAUCAAAAUACCUGAAAGAUCUUGCAACUUCUAGUCUAUAUGAUACAGUCUAUCUCGGCUUCGCUAGUCACUUGGAUCAGAUUGCUCGACGUUUUGUGGCAGAAGGUAUAGUAGCUGCACAAGCCAGAGAGCCGACCAAAUCUCGUCUCUCUAAAAAAUGUACUGGGUCCUACGUCCGGUGUUUGAUUUUUGACGACAACCGGUACACCACACUAUACAAACGUGAUGAACUUCUCUGCGACUACUCAAUUUCGGACUUUCAGCCUGCUAUCCCUUACUUGAAGAACUUGAGGACUCUUGCCUGGAGAUCUCAAUGGCUACCCGAGAAAACGGCAUUGUUUACUUCUUUGAGGACUCACUGUAGUCUCUUGCGCUCGGUUGAAAUUCAUAAUUGGUACCACAUAUUUGAUCCUAUCCCGGAUCACUAUGCGGACUCCCUAUUUGGAUUCACGAACCUCGACCGUCUGGCUAUCAACUCCAAGUUCUUAGCACACGGACAGAAUCGGCUACCCGAGUCCAUAAUUGCAAUGAUACGAGCGUCUGCUAAUCUUAAAUCCCUAGAGCUUAAUCUGGGAGAACCCAGCACGGAAACCGACAGGACAUGGUCACCAAACAAACUAUUCAAAGAGGUGGGGCUCGUAUUUCCAGGGCUCCACACCCUGCGCUUGGGCGGCCGUAUAGCUGUACAGUGGCCUCUAACGCUUUCAAAAGGAUCCACUUUCUUUCACUUGUUCUUUGAAAAACACCAAGCCCUCGAAUCGAUAUCACUUGCAUGGGCGCCCGGCUUAAAUGAGCAGAACGAUUUGGGCCCGGAAGUCGUUACCUCACUAUUCCCAUCCGUUCGCCAUUUUGAAGGACCCGCUUUUCUGUGCGUGUCGGUUCUCCGCUCGCCUUUGGCACUUCAGCUCGAGAGCUUGAGUAUACUUGAUAAGCAACUUGGAAUCAGCAAGACACAACAUAUCAACCAAUUAGCAAAUGCUGCGGACAGCUUACCAAACCUCUCGGUGCUCAAUUUUUAUUUGGAAUCUGACCCUCAAGCACAAUAUCGGGCCAUCAAGGAAAUUUCUCGAAUAGCUCCUAAAUUACGUGAAAUUUGCGUGCAAGCUUUACAGAUUGACCUAAGAAUGUCGAUUGUCGAGGGGUUGAAGCAUGCAUCGAAUCUUCGCAAACUGACCGCCAGAGUCUCUGUGGUUACCCCCAAAGCUUUGCGAGCGCUAUUGAACGUGUGUCCUCGACUCGAAGAGCUGCAAGAUACUUAUAAACCUCAUGCCAUUCGAAGCUGGAGGGUUAUGCAUGGACCAGCUGGUGUAGAAUUGCGACCUUUGGAUAAACCAAGUUGA